AUGUCCACCCUCAGCACCGUGUCCACCCUCAGCACCGUGUCCACCCUCAGUACCGUGUCCACUCUCAGUACUGUGUCCACCCUCAGUACCAUGUCCACUCUCAGUACUGUGUCCACCCUCAGCACCGUGUCCACCCUCAGCACCAUGUCCACCCUCAGUACAGUGUCCACCCUCAGUACCAUGUCCACCCUCAGUACUGUGUCCACACUCAGCACUGUGUCCACCCUCUGCACUGUGCCCACCCUCAAUACUGUGCCCACCGUCAGCACUGUGUCCACCCUCAGCACUGUGCCCACCCUCAGUACCAUGUCCACCCUCAGUACUGUGUCCACCCUCAGCACUGUGUCCACCCUCAGCACCGUGCCCACCCUCAGUACCAUGUCCACCCUCAGUACUGUGUCCACCCUCAGCACUGUGUCCACCCUCAGCACUGUGUCCACCCUCCGCACUGUGUCCACCCUCAGUACUGUGCCCACCGUCAGCAUUGUGCCCACCCUCAGUACCGUGCCCACCCUCAGUACCGUGUCCACCCUCAGUACCGUGUCCACCCUCAGCACUGUGUCCACCCUCAGCACUGUGUCCACCCUCAGUACCAUGUCCACCCUCAGCACUGUGUCCACCCUCAGCGCUGUGCCCACCCUCAGUACUGUGUCCACCCUCAGCACUGUGUCCACCCUCAGCACUGUGUCCACCCUCAGCACUGUGCCCACCCUCAGUACUGUGCCCACCCUCAGCACUGUGUCCACCCUCAGCACUGUGUCCACCCUCAGCACUGUGUCCACCCUCCGCACUGUGUCCACCCUCAGCACUGUGCCCACCCUCCGCACUGUGUCCACCCUCAGCACUGUGCCCACCCUCCGCACUGUGUCCACCCUCAGCACUGUGCCCACCCUCAGCACUGUGUCCACCCUCAGCACUGUGCCCACCCUCAGCACUGUGUCCACCCUCAGCACUGUGCCCACCCUCAGCACUGUGCCCACCCUCAGCACUGUGCCCACCCUCAGCACCGUGCCCACCCUCAGUACUGUGUCCACCCUCAGCACCGUGUCCACCCUCAGCACUGUGUCCACCCUCAGUACUGUGUCCACCCUCAGCACUGUGUCCACCCUCAGUACAGUGUCCACCCUCAGCACCGUGUCUACCCUCAGCACUGUGUCCACCCUCAGCACUGUGUCCACCCUCAGUACCGUGUCCACCCUCAGCACUGUGCCCACCCUCAGCACUGUGUCCACCCUCAGCACUGUGCCCACCCUCAGCACUGUGCCCACCCUCAGUACUGUGUCCACCCUCAGCACUGUGUCCAUCCUCAGCACUGUGUCCACCCUCCGCACUGUGCCCACCCUCCGCACUGUGCCCACCCUCAGCACUGUGCCCACCCUCCGCACUGUGCCCACCCUCAGCACCGUGCCCACCCUCAGCACCGUGUCCACCCUCAGCACAGUGUCCACCCUCAGCACUGUGUCCACCCUCAGCACUGUGUCCACCCUCAGCACUGUGCCCACCCUCAGCACCGUGCCCACCCUCAGCACCGUGUCCACCCUCAGCACCGUGUCCACCCUCAGCACCGUGCCCACCCUCAGCACCGUGCCCACCUUCAGCACCGUGUCCACCCUCAGCACCGUGCCCACCCUCAGCACCGUGCCCACCCUCAGCACCGUGUCCACCCUCAGUACCGUGUCCACCCUCAGCACCGUGCCCACCCUCAGCACCGUGUCCACCCUGAGCACUGUGUCCGCCUCUCAGCACUGUGUCCGCCUCUCAGCACUGUGCCCACCCUCAGCACUGUGUCCACCCUCAGCACUGUGCCCACCCUCAGCACUGUGUCUGCCUCUCAGCACUGUGCCCACCCUCAGCACUGUGCCCACCCUCAGCACUGUGUCCACCCUCAGCACUGUGUCCACCCUCAGCACUGUGCCCACCCUCAGCACCGUCACUGUGCCCACCCUCAGCACUCUGCCUCUCAGCACCGUGUCCACCCUCAGCACCGUGUCCACCCUCAGCACCGUGUCCACCCUCAGUACCAUGUCCACCCUCAGCACCGUGUCCACCCUCAGCACUGUGUCCACCCUCAGCACUGUGUCCACCCUCAGCACUGUGUCCACCCUCAGUACCGUGUCCACCCUCAGCACCGUGCCCACCCUCAGCACUGUGUCCACCCUCAGCACUGUGUCCACCCUCAGCACCGUGCCCACCCUCAGCACUGUGUCCACCCUCAGCACUGUGUCCACCCUCAGCACUGUGUCCACCCUCAGUAGAGAUGCUCAGUCUGAGGAGGAAGCAUUUGCAGGGGUGCAGUUGCAUAGCGAGUAUGACAGCUCUCAGGACAGCUGCAGAGGGACGCAGCUGAAGAGAAACCGCAGCACCGAGAGCAGGCUAACCACCCACACCACGCACCUAACCACCUACACCACACAGCUAACCACCCACACCACGCACCUAACCACCCACACCAUGCACCUAACCACCCAUACCACGCAGCUAACCACCCACACCAUGAACCUAACCACCUACACCAUGCAGCUAACCACCCACACCACGCACCUAACCACCUACACCAUGCAGCUAACCACCUACACCACACAGCUAACCAUCCAUACCAGGCAGCUAACCACCUACACCAUGCAGCUAGCCACCUACACCAUGAACCUAACCACCCAUACCACCAAGCUAACCACCUAUACCAAACAGCUAACCACCUACACCACACAGCUAACCAUCCAUACCAGGCAGCUAACCACCUACACCAUGCAGCUAGCCACCUACACCACACAGCUAACCACCCAUACCACCAAGCUAACCACCCACACCACACAGCUAACCACCCACACCACACAGCUAACCAUCCAUACCAUGCACCUAACCACCUACACCACCCAGCUAACCACCCACAUCACAUAG